AUGAAAGGGCAGACCAGUGGGAUUUUGUGCGCAGUGUACAUAAUUGCAAAAAUCCAGCAACAGUUCAUUCGCAGAGUCAGGUUCCAAGAUCCAGAGAACACAAUGGUAGAUGAAGCGGAGAAGGCAAGGACAGCCGAGUACUCCCAACCUGGACUGGCAGCAGUUUCACCGGCACGACCCCAGCCCUGUACCCCCGCUCGCCUGCCUUACAAACGGGCCGUGGCUCUGAUCUCAGAUUACAAACUAUCACAGUUUCAAUCCCACUUGAAAGACAGUCUCGACUUUAACCAGGAGCCCCCUCGAAGACCGCAAGACCAAGGCGGCGCAAACACCGGCGCCGCCUCCCGCAGCCCUCAGGGACACCCCCCAGCUGCCGGGCAGCACAAAGGCGGCGGGAAGCGCGGAAAAGGGAAAAGCCGGCCGCAGCCACUCCAGGAGCUGCGGCCCCGCUCGAGGGCGGUCGCAGGGGACAACGGGCCCAUCCCGGAUCCCGCCUGCCCUCCUCCUCUCCUUCCCACCGUGACCCGCCCCCGCCAUGAGGCGGACGGUGGCUCCGUGCACGCAGCCGGCAUGGAGCGGCUGGGGCGGCGCGGCCGGACGGAGAGGUGCCCGGCCUGGGGGGCAUUGUUUCCCCUUUUCCUCCUCCUCCUCCUGGCAGCAGAAGAUUGUUUGGCUCAAUGUGAUAAUGACUGCAAGGCUUACUGCUGUGAUGGGACUACUCCCUACUGCUGUUCAUAUUAUGCCUACAUUGGGAAUGUCUUUUCAGGCACAGCAAUAGCUGGAAUUGUUUUCGGAAUAGUAUUUAUAAUGGGAGUGAUUGCUGGGAUUGCCAUCUGUGUCUGCAUGUGCAUGAAGAGCAACCGUGAGACUCGAGUAGGGGUCAUCCGAACAACACACAUCAACACCAUCAACACAUACCCAGUGUCUCCACCACCAUACAGUAAUGAAUAUGAAAUGGAGUACCCAGCUGACCUACCUCCACACUAUAGUCCAGCCCCACAGACUGUGAUACAGUAUCCCCCACCCCCUCCAUACCCUGGAUAUUCAGGGAAAUAAUUAACAUGGCUUCACAUGGAUAUUGACUGCCUCUCGAAACAGCCAGCACUGCUGGGACAAUGUUAUUGGCUCAGGGACAAAUAGGAUUGGGUUUUGCAUCAACACAUGUGGCCAGGUGUGGAAAGGUUGCCAAGGCUCAGGAUGAAUAAAAUACUCUCCACUCUGGACCAUCACGUUUCAUGAUUAAACAACAUGUGACCAAAGAAACAGUUCCUAAAAGUUAGUGUCUGAUGAGUAGCGCUUAACACCAGUUCUCAGCUUCACCUGCAGCACAUGGGAGUGGGGGUUUUCCCAUGUAGGAAUGUGCAAGUGGUACAAAUGGUUCAACAAACUGUUUCAAAAGCACAAGAGGGUGCUGGGGCUUAUUCUGCAGGAAAGCAUCAAAUGUUGUCUUGAGGUAACCGCUGUGCCUUUCCUUGAAAUAAGGGGAAUAAGCAACAAGAAAUAUUGAAACUGUUUUCUGUUUCUACUUCCAGCUGAUAAUACCCAAUGAUCACUGUGCAUAUUGGUCUCAUAAUCAUG